CUUGAGCUGAUGGGCAGGAUCUCUAACGCUCCAUAGCCAUGAUUCUCUGGAUGCAGUUACUGCUUCUGAGCCCACUGCUCGGCCUAUCGGCAUGGGCAGCAGAAACUCGAGCCUCAGAGUCCUCUCGCCCCCGAGGCGUCGGACCAGAAUUUGCUAAGUUCUACAAAAAGUCCCCCACGGACACGUUCACAUGCAUCUCUAAUCCUUCCAUCACCAUACCAUUCUCCCGUGUCAACGACGAGUUCUGUGACUGCCCAGAUGGUUCAGACGAGCCAGGAACGGCAGCAUGCUCUUACCUCUCUCCUCUGUCGCCUCCACAUUACCAUCCUGGCCCAGACACGGCCGCAGCCAGUUUGAACACCACACUAGCAUUGCCAGGAUUCUACUGCAAGAACAAGGGCCACAUCCCGUCCUAUAUUCAAUUCGAAAGCGUCAACGAUGGCAAAUGUGACUAUGAAUUAUGUUGCGAUGGCUCAGAUGAAUGGGCUCACGUUGGUGGACUGAAAUGUGAGGAUAGAUGCAAAGAGACUGGGAGAGAGUACAAGAAGACCGAGGAAGUCAGGCAGAAAGCCCUCAGAGCUGCGUUGAAGAGGAAGAGCUCUUUGAUUGCCGAGGCCGAGAGAUUGAGGAAAGAAGUGGAAGACCGCAUAGGUACCCUCGAAACUCAGCUUCAAGCCCAGCAACUCAGAGUCAAAGAUGCUAGCGAUAUGCUGAAGGAUGUUGAACGCAGAGAAAAGCUGAGAGUCGUCCGUGGAGAAGCCACUGGGAGAGGAAGCGGCAAAUUGGGUGUUUUGGUCGGUCUGUCCCAGAAUCGAAUCAACGAACUACGAUCACAGCUUGAGAAGACAAAGACUCAGAGAGACGCUAUGUCAGGAAGAGUUACAGAACUCGAGAGCCUUCUUUCCGCCCUGAAAGAUGAGCACAACCCCAACUUCAACGACGAAGGGGUCAAAAGAGCUGUUCGAGGCUGGGAAGACUAUGCAGCUCGUGAGACUGACGACAGCUGGACCGAGGCUGAAGAUCGAGACCUAACAGCCGUGCUUCAGGAGGAUGGCGAAUCAAACGGGAUCAACUGGGCCGAGUUUGAGAACGAGCCAUCAGAGCCAGAGUCUGAUGUUGCAGCCCUGUAUAAAUUCAGCGGAUAUCUGCCCGAUGGAAUGAGAAUCUGGCUAGACGACACGCUCACAUCUAUACGAAAGAUUCUGGUCGAAAACGGUAUCCUCGCCGACAACUCUGGUUCUACAUCUCAGGCUACGGAAAGCAGGGCUGUGCAAGAUGCAAAGAAGGCGCUCGAGGAUGCAGAGCGUGACGUUCGAAAUACGGAAAACGACAUGAAGCGGCAUCAAGAAGACCUAGAGAAGGACUAUGGCCCUGACAACGGCAUCUUCCGUGCUCUCAAAGAUACUUGUAUCUCUCGAGAUAGCGGCGAGUACGAAUACGAGGUCUGUUUCAUGGGCCAAACGAAACAAAAGUCUAGAAAGGGCGGCGCGCAAACUGGAAUGGGCAAUUUUGUGGGAUUUGACACGGAGUACGUUGACGAAAGGAUUAGCGCCGAUGGGAAAGGGCUCGGCACAGGUGAACGGCUAGUCAUGAAAUAUGAGAAUGGUCAGCACUGCUGGAACGGUCCAUCGAGAUCGACUAGGGUCAUCCUUGCGUGUGCGGAAAAGGAUGAGAUUUGGAAGGUCAGUGAAAGCGAAAAAUGCGUAUAUCGCAUGGAGGUAGGCACUGCAGCGGCAUGCGAGCAACCUUCGUCGGGCAAUAAGAGCAAAGCUUCUGCAUCUGAGGAAGGGGAAGGUAGAAAGGAUGAAUUGUAGACUUAUUACUGAAAUUUGGUGAAUGAGCUAUUAGCAUUUGACAGAGCUUUUGUAUAUC